AUGCCGAGCAAACGAGAGCCCGGCGUGAUGCCAGACGCUCAGCAUCCCCACGAACACGUCCAUGCUUCGUUGCUGCCGCCAAAGUUUCUCAAACCGUCCGGCGGUCUCGUGAGCAUCGUGCAGGCAGUCUCAUCCCUGCUCUUUAGGUUGAGCGUCUAUGUCUUUUUGCGAUGGAUCCCCACGUCGCUGGCAUAUCCCUUCAUCCCGGUGUUGUACGCCGUAUAUGUGCUAACAUCCAUCUAUCGUGACUACGCCAUUCGAAGCGCCAUUUCCGACCAUCUUGCCAAGGAUGCAGCCCGCAGCCUUCAGCAGCUGGCAGACAAGGUCGAGGUGACCGGCUCCAAGAUCCAGUGCAAACCUACUGCCAAGCCAAUCGAGAACAAGCCUGCCGGUCCGAACGGAACCACACCCACCAAGCCCGCAACUUGCUCCGUAUCCUAUGCCGACGUAGCCAAAGGCGUAAAAGUGGUCCCACCGUCGCAAUCUUUAUCGGCUUGGCACAUUGAAUCGUCUGCACGUGCCAAGCUGCGUCGUACCAACUCGUUUGAGGUGCUCAAAGCGCUCGUGUUCGGUACCUCGACUCGCUCCUCCCGCUUCAACUUUUACGUCGUCCUAGCCCACACGCUCGCCUUUGCGCUCUUUCUCGAUAGUUUCCUCUCCCCCUACCUGUUUCCCUCUCACUGGGACUACAACCUCGCCUUCGCUCGCACUGGCGCUCUUGGCCCCACAUAUGCUAAAAUCCAUGUUCGCUAUCCGCCUCCCGAGCUCCCAGGCGCAUCCAAUGCGUCGAUCGUCGUUGCGCCUCCGCUCGUUGAUACAUUUGAUAGCCUCGCUGUUGACACGUCGCUCAACUCGGCAACGUAUCAGGCUCCAAGCACCGCGCCACCCAUCGAACUGCUCGUCAAGUAUCGACGCGCGCACAACCCCUCGCAGCACGACGACGUGGUGCGCAAGACAUCGCGAGCUCACACCAAGCAGUAUCUCGCCAACCAUGAGAGCCUCUGGCUCAACGGUCCGCUUAUCACCUUGCGUGCAGAAAAUGACUGGACUGCGACGGCACUCAUCGACGAGCUUUGGCCUUCGACCACAUACGAGUGGGGACUCUCGCAGUUCGAGCCCGAACACGUGGAUCACUCGGAUGAGGUGCGCAUCAUUGAAAAGUUUGUUGCCAACGACGAGAUCAGUCGCCGCAAUCUCUUCACCACCUGGCCCGAUCCACGUCUGAGCUCGUACAUGCAGUCAAAGAGUCUUGGCUCGAGAAACGUUGAUCUCGCAAAGACAGACAUCGGCGAGCCUGCUGAAGAGACCAACCCGCUCGAAGACCCGAACCACUUCACAUUUGCCUCGACCUCGUGCGUCAAGCCCGACUUUCCGUACCAUCCAGCGCAGUUCUGGGGCUGGAAUCGACUGCUCAAGCUGGCAGGCAUCGGAACUGAACAGGGCGGCAUCACGGAGCGCAACCGUAUCCCUGGAUUCGAUCUGCUCUACCAGCGAGCGGUGGCUGGCCGCGAGUCGCAUCCCUCGCUACGCUUCCUGUUGCAGCUCGGCGAUCUGAUCUACGCCGACGUGCCGCACUAUGCAGGCGCAGAGACCAAUGCAUAUCGCAAACUGUAUCGCAAUCUGUUUGCGUCCCAAAGCUUCCGCCGCUUCUCGAAGCAUGUUCCUGUCAUUGGCAUCUACGACGACCACGAGGUGAUCAACAACUGGUCCGGUAGGGAUGAGAACCACCAAGAGAUCGCUGCCUACCCUUCGGCCAACACAGCGUGGAAAGAGUACAUUGGUGAUGCCAACCCAGAAGCGCUCGAGGCGGGGGAAAACUACUACACAUUCCAAUACGGCGAGUCGGCCGCCUUCUUCGUCAUGGAUACGCGUCGUCAUCGAACGCAUCACACCGCAGACGAUGACGAGGAGAAAACCAUGCUCGGCUACCGUCAAAAGCAAGACCUCUUCAAGUGGCUGGCGGUGGUCAACGAAACCGUAGCAUUCAAGUUUGUAGUCAGUUCGGUACCAUUCAACACGCUCUGGGGCGGCGAACUCGACGUGGAUGGACAGAAGGACAGCUGGGCUGCCUACAACACGGAACGACUUGAGAUCGCCCAAGUGCUGCGCUAUGUGCCCAACGUCAUCGUGCUGAGCGGCGAUCGGCACGAAUUUGCCGCAAUCAGCGUGCUCGAUACGAUCACCGAAUUCAGCACGAGCCCACUCAGCAUGUUCUACCUUCCCGUCCGUACGCUAUCGCAGGAUCACGGUGACGGAAAGAGCGGCGUCGACAAGCUGCUCAAGUACCUGCCCGAUGGCAACCACAAGUGGACCGAGUUUGAGGUGGAUGCGCGCGACCCGUACAAGCCUGUCGUGCGCGUGUCGGUGCAGAUCGAUGGAAGCGAGGCGUGGAAGACGACGUAUGUAGGCAAGUCGCUGCGCAAAUCGCAAGGCCGUGUGGGUGGCUUGGUGCGAACUCUGCUCGAGUCGCUCGGCUUCCGCUUUGACUUUUUCUACAAGCUGUGA